GUUCCUUCCGCCUUUGUCUUAAACCUAACUUGUCGAUCUCUAUAUAAGAGUUGACGAUGUUUGGCUACUGCAGCAAGAAAUCAGAAAGACGUUACUUUCGCACUUCUUCUGGAAAUCAUCCUCCAUGCAAUUCUUAUAUCUGCCAUCUCUAUAUAAUUACUUUCUCAAUCGCUAUGUCAUGAUAUUAUAGCGAAUAAAUCUUUUGAAGUCCACUGAAAUGGGACAGCCGCCGGGGAGAACUGCAGAAUUUGAGGAGUUUGCCGUCCUUGUUGGCGCCGGGGAGGAUGAAGAGGAGCCGCUUCUUCCACCGCUCAACUUCGCUGUGGUGGAAACCGGCGUUUUCCGUUCGGGGUUUCCGGAACCUGCUAAUUUUAAUUUCCUCCAAACUCUACGGCUUCGCUCUGUCGUGUAUUUGUGCCCGGAGGAAUACCCGAAGGCUAACAUGGAGUUUUUAAAUGUCAAUGGGAUUAGGCUCUUCCAUUUCGGAAUUGAGGGGCACAAGGAACCAUUUGUUAACAUACCAGAAGAGAUCAUCCGUGAGGCUCUCAAAGUUGUUCUGGACAUUCGAAAUCACCCGCUGCUUAUCCAUUGUAAAAGAGGAAAGCAUCGUACUGGAUGUGUCGUUGGAUGUUUAAGAAAACUGCAAAAAUGGUGUUUGUCUUCGGUAUUUGAUGAGUACCAGCUGUUUGCUGCUGCAAAAGCAAGAGUUUCCGAUCAAAGGUUCAUGGAGAGGUUCGAUGUAGCUAGCUUGAAGCAUCUAUCACCACCAUUUUGCCGUUUAAAAGGUUCAGCAGUUGCUUGAAGUGGCUUCCUUACUGCAAAUGAGAAAGGCAGAUAAAUUAUCUGUUUAAGUCCAGUUAUAGGAAGUAAUGCUAUACUAUUUUAUGAUCUGGAAUAUUUGGGUGGUUUGUAAAUCAGGUAGCAGUGAUUGACUGCUUCCUUCCUUUGUAAAACCAGCUCGUAGAUAAUUUUAAGAGCAAUUCCAUUCAAGUGGAGCUCCUUUUUUGAGAUAA